AUGCUAACCGAAUCAACAUUAUCCGCUGCUGAAGCUGCUGUUCAGGAACACUUCAAGCUCACCCACACAAGAGACGAGGAUGGCCGCUGCCAGGUACGUUUACCGUUCAACCAUCUCAAGGACCAGCUUGGUGGUUCCUACAGCAACGCAAGGAAACGACUUGACAGGCUGAUGGUUUCACUCGCACGGAAUCCAGUUCGUGCUGAGCAGUACUCCGAAUUCAUGUCCGAAUAUCUGGCACUCGGUCACAUGAAAGAGGUGAGCGCUUUGAUCGACGAGGGAUACUACAUUCCACACCACGCCGUCUUCAAAGAGUCCAGUUCCACAACCAAAACACGAGUCGUAUUUGACGCAUCAGCGAAAACAACAACUGGCAUCUCGCUAAACGACACUCUCCUGGUAGGCCCAACAGUGCAAAGCGAUCUGGUUUCGAUUCUGUUCCGAUUUUGCACUCACCAAGUAGCGCUAACAGCAGACAUCCCAAAAAUGUACCGCCAGGUCAAACUUCAUCAAGACGACUGCAAGUAUCAACGGAUCCUAUGGUACAACCAAGCUGGCGAACGUACCAUCUACGAGCUACAAACGGUAACUUAUGGUGUCGCAAGUUCCCCGCAUCAUGCAACACAAGCGUUGCUCCAACUGGCAGCAGACGAUGGCGAACAAUUCGAAUCAGCUGCUCGAGUCGUCUCCAUGGAUAGCUACAUCGACGACUUCCUGACGGGUGGCAAAACGGUCGAAGAGGUGAUCAACAUCUACAAUCAACUAACGCAACUCCUGUCCAAAGGUGGUUUUGGCGUACAUAAGUUUUGUUCCAGUGGUCCAGAGGUGUUAAAACUUAUCCCAAACGACUUGCACGAGAAGCAAAUUGGUUUCGAUUCUGAUGUCAACGAUUCGAUUAAGACACUUGGUCUCAUCUGGAAUCCAACAGCUGAUUUCUUUCGAUUUUUCAUUCGACCGUCCAAAGGUAAUUCAACCACGAAGCGAAGUGUUUUGUCUGACAUCGGCCGACGCUUUGAUCCCCUUGGAUUUUUGGGCCCGAUCAUCACCACGGCGAAGCUUCUGAUGCAGGACAUUUGGCGACUGGGAAUUGGCUGGGAUGAAGAGUUGCCCACCGAGCUGCAACUAAAAUGGCAAAACUUCCAACAACAACUACCAACCAUCAACGAGAUGCGCAAACCAAGACGUGUGAUAGCGAACCAUCCAACACUAAUCGAGCUCCAUGGUUAUUCCGAUGCAUCCUGCCAGGCCUACGGUGCGGUAAUAGACAUUAAAAGCAUCUCCUCCGACGGAACCACACAGUGGCGACUUGGACGUAUCGAAAUUCUUCAUCCCGGCGAGGACAACAUCGUGAGAGUGGUGACGGUCCGCACCGCUAGUGGCAGCGAGUUCAAGAGAGCGGUUACAAAAAUAGCCUUACUUCCGGUUGAUCUCGAGGGCGAGACUCAACGGGGGGUGAAUGAACGAUUGAAAAAUUAA